UCGAGGAACUCAAAGACCUCACAUUCUUUCAGAACAUUCAGGAACUGAGCGACUAUAAUUGACUUUGAUCCGGAGAAGGUAUUUACAACAUGGCUUCUGAAUCUCGGCUAUAUGCGUUCUCUCCGGAGACGAAGGAGAAAUUGCGCAAGUUUCGUCUAGGAACUUCUAGAGCAAAGGAAGCUCAAGCUAUAAUAUACAUCAUCGACCAAAAGAGCCAAGAGAUUCGUCCUGAAGAUGGCGAAGUAUACACAAAGAUGGAAGACGUGGCCGAUGAGCUCCCUGACUCAUCGCCCCGUUUCAUCCUCCUGAGUUAUCCUUUGACUCUGAAAUCCGGUCGCCCUUCGGUUCCUUACGUCCUUCUCUACUGGCUCCCAGAGAACUGCAACCCUAAUUCGCGAAUGAUGUACGCUGGCGCCGUCGAAUUGAUGCGCAACACCGCCCAAGUCAAUCGUGUAAUUGAAGUUGAGGAAGAGGAUGACAUUAUCUCCAUUGAAUCGAAAUUGCAGAGUGAGGACUGAGCUCGAGGCUCAUCUUUGGAUAGACGGUUUUCUUUGGCAAACUACUUCAUGACAUUGGCGCUUCUAUCUACGGUCGGCGUUACACACUUGACAUUGUUUCCUUUCUGAUAUAUUCGCGACGGAUGACGGCGAUGCUUGGUUUAGUAAAGCGAUACCUUUAUUUUCACCGAAACCCGGACUACUUCUAUGAGGAUGAGAAUCUACCCCCAGAUAAUGGACUAUGGUAUCCUU